AACAACCCGGUCGCCAUGAGCCAGCUGGGAACCGUCUAUGCCACCAAGAGACGACGCCGGAAUGGAAAAAGCCUGAAGCCGCCGCAAAAGGAUGGGGUGACCAAGUCGAACCCCAGCAAGCGACAUCGGGAGCGACUGAACGCCGAACUGGACACGCUGGCGUCGUUGCUUCCGUUCGAGCAAAAUAUUCUCAGCAAGCUGGAUCGGCUCAGCAUCCUCAGACUCAGCGUCAGCUACCUCCGGACCAAGAGUUACUUUCAAGUGGUGAUGCACAAAGACAAGGAGGAAAACUCUCACCACGAUUCGCACUACCGCGCGAGGGAGCUGGCGGCGUUCGCCGCGUACGACCAUCAUCAUCUCGACGGCGAAAUGUUCCUGCAGGCGCUGAACGGGUUCCUUCUGAUUCUUACCUGCGACGGGGAAGUGUUCUUCGCCACUCACAGCAUAGAAAGUUACCUUGGCUUCCAUCAGUCCGACAUUGUCCACCAAAGCGUUUACGAGCUGGUCCACAGCGAAGAUCGAGAGGAACUGCAAAGGCAGCUGAUGUGGAACUCCUUUCUGCCGGCCGAAAGUGCGAGUCUCCCCUUGCACGACGCCCUUUCACCCCAACACAGUCAUGUCCUGGAGCGCAGCUUCACCGUCCGUUUCCGGUGUCUUCUGGACAACACAUCCGGCUUUUUGCGUUUGGACAUCAGGGGACGGGUGAAGGUGCUUCAUGGUCAAAACAGGAAAACGGAGGAGCCGCCGCUGGCUCUAUUUGCUCUGUGCACACCGUUCGGACCACCAUCGCUGCUGGAAGUGCCGCAAAAGGACGUGAUGUUCAAGAGCAAGCACAAGCUGGAUCUCGCGCUCGUGUCGAUGGACCAAAGGGGAAAAAUGUUGCUGGGCUAUUCGGAUGCGGAGCUCGCGAACCUUGGCGGCUAUGAUCUAGUCCAUUACGAUGAUUUGGCUUACGUCGCGAGCGCUCACCAAGAACUCCUGAAAACCGGGGCCUCAGGAAUGAUAGCGUACAGAUUCCAAAAGAAAGAUGGCGGAUGGCAGUGGCUGCAGACUAGUUCCAGGCUAGUCUACAAGAACUCGAAGCCCGACUUCAUCAUGAGCACGCAUCGACCUCUCAUGGAGGAAGAAGGCAGGGAUCUGCUCGGUAAACGGACAAUGGACUUCAAAGUAAGCUAUCUGGACGCUGGCCUGACCAACAGCUACUUUUCGGACAGCGACAGUCUCACCGGUUCCGUGAUGACGCCGACACUCCCUAGCCAACCGACGUCCCAGAGAGUGAACAGGCGGUACAAGACCCAGCUCAGAGAUUUCCUGUCGACCUGUCGGAACAAACGAACCAAACUGACCGCGCAAUCGUCCGUUUCCCCGCCCGCCACACCCACUGUCGCAUCCGUGGACUACCUUGCGGCUGAUACCAGCGCUGCGGCUGCAGUUGCAGCGGCGUACAGCAACCUGAACACGAUGUACCCGACUGCUUAUGCACCCACUGCUGUCGCAGCCAGCACAGACCCUUCGUUGACCACGUAUAUUGGUCACACGGGCAACUAUCACCAGACACUAUACCCGGCUACUGCGUUGGACAAUAGGUACCUCACAGCAGCGACGGAAAACUUGUUCCAAUACAGGCCCUUGGGCUCCUACUACCCGGAAUACCACACGAGCACCGCGUACAACGGUUUCAUCGAUGUCUCUCUGCCCACCUACGAGACGCACCAGCUGACGAGUAAAGCCGAGGAGAAGCUCUACUGCCAACAGCUGGGCGAGUCUCCCAAGUAUAGCUACGUGGAGACCAGACACCCCAGCAGCGUGAGUGGCUCCCCCUAUGCAGCCAGUCCCGUCGCCAGUGCGUCCACGAUGCACACCACGACAGCGGACAUCAACAUCGUCCGUGCCGGCAGCAGGCACUCCCUGGAAGGUGGAGCUUCCUCCAGCAAUUCCGCUGGAAGCUCGCCAGUGACCGGUCCGACGAACGGCGUGCUCACGCCGAAGAUAGAGGACGUAAAACCGGAAGUGUACGGCAACGAGGCUCCCCGACAGACUGUCCUGAUGUGGGGAGCACCUCCUGCGCGUACUCCACCGAGAAACAACGGCAGUUACAGCCCACCCACGCCGCAUUCUACUCAUUCUUCUACCCAUUCCACUAACGCGACCGCCGGGGAUCCCCUGAAGUCUCUGGCGGAAAUGAAUUCCAUGAACGGCGAGUGCAAAUGGCGGCAAACGUCGCCCAGCGAGCAACAGACCACCGCGCCCAGCUCCCCGAGGACCAAGGCGCAGUCACAGCAACAACACCAACAUCACCCGCAGCAGCAACAGACGCAGCAGCAGCAGCAACAGCACCAGCAGUACCCCGUGACCACGUCACAGUAUCAGGCCGCAGCGGCGGCUGCGGCUGCGGCUGCGGCCGCGGCAGCCAGCACUAUCGGAUACGCGCACUCGCAUCCAGGCCAUGGCCACGGGGAAGCGGGCUCCGAGGUAUGGCAAGGAGUGCAACACCACCACCACUACCAGUACUAUCCCUACCACCAUCACCACCCCGCACCACCAAGGCACGCGCCCCACACGCCCCCGUCAGCUGUGGGAACGGGGACGGGAGUCGGCAUGGGCAUCGGGCCGGACAGCAACACCAGCAACAGCAACGUCUUGUACCACCCUCCGCACCACCACCCUCAGCACCAGCACGCGGUGGGAUCAUCAGCGGCGGGAAUGGGCCCAACUGUCCCUCAGAUUCCAAACCGGACGCCGGGAGUCCUUUGCUGUCCAUCUCUGAGGUGA